GUGCGUGCGGCCUCAGGCACGCCGCCUGCGUCACUGCGCCGCGCGGGGCGCCGCCAGCUGACUGCUCCCCCCGGAAGUGAUGCGGGCGGGGAGGCAGCCUCGCCGGGAGCCGCGGGGUAUUCCAUGUGGAACCAAGGGAGCCUGGAAACUGUGGGAGCCUGAAGGAGGCUGUGGAGCUAGUGGAAUGAUUCCCUGAAACUAUGUCAGUCGGCUGCCGCUGGUGGCAUGGUGAGAUGUGUUGAAGAGCAGCGGCGAGGGCGUCUGACGGCAGGAGGACCAUUCUAGGAGCUGGGCUCGCAACAUCAUGGGCCAGUGUGUCACCAAGUGCAAGAAUCCUUCUUCUACCCUGGGCAGCAAGAACGGGGAACGGGAAUCCGGAGGCAAAUCGCACAGCAAGAGGAGCGCAGUGCACAAGGACGACCACGCCGCGGGCUGCGGGAAGUCCCCGGGUGACAUCCUGGUGAACGGGACGAAGAAGGCGGAGGCUGCCGCAGAGCCCUGCCAGCCGCCCCUCUUUCCCGGGGACACACAGCCAGACUCUGCCGCCAGCGCCGAGGACGCCUCCCUGCAGAGGGUCGGGGAGCUGUUCCGGCGGUACAAGGACGAGCGGGAGGAUGCCAUACUGGAGGAAGGGAUGGAGCGGUUUUGCAAUGACCUCUGUGUGGAUCCCACUGAAUUCAAAGUGCUAGUUUUGGCUUGGAAAUUCCAGGCUGCCACCAUGUGCAAAUUUACAAGGAAGGAGUUUUUCGAGGGCUGCAGAGCAAUAAAGGCAGACAGCAUCGACGGCAUCUGUGCGAGGUUCCCCAGCCUGCUCAAGGAGGCCAAGCAGGAGGAUAAGUUCAAGGAUCUCUAUCGCUUCACCUUCCAGUUCGGCCUGGACUCUGAAGAGGGGCAGAGGUCACUGCACCGGGAAAUAGCCAUCGCCCUGUGGAAAUUAGUCUUCACCCAAAACAAGCCUCCCAUUUUGGACCAGUGGCUGCACUUCCUAGUCGAGAACCCCUCAGGAAUCAAGGGAAUCUCCCGGGACACGUGGAACAUGUUUCUAAAUUUUACUCAGGUGAUUGGACCAGACCUUAGCAACUACAGCGAGGACGAGGCUUGGCCGAGCCUCUUCGACACCUUCGUGGAGUGGGAAAUGGAGCGCAGGAGAAGGGAGGAGGAAGCCAAACGCGUUAGGGCUGCGGACACGGAGGGCCUGCGCCUGCAGGACCAGACUUAGCGGCCUGCCAGCAGCAGUGGCGGCAGCCAGCUGCUGCCCUUGGUGAAGUGUAACCUCUGGAUGCUUCUGGAGGCGGCCGAGGCUCCAGGUUUUUCUACUUUACACCUAUCUCUGCCUUGUCUUUCGAAAGGGCUCUAAAAUGCUGUAUCAUGUUUUAGGCACUUUCUUCCGUUGGGUUAUUCCUUCUUCCUCUCGCCUGGAAACGUUUUGCCCCUGGCUACAAGGUCAGCGUUUUGGGGUUAGAUUUAUUUGGUUUUUGGUUUUGUUUCUCUCUUUUUUUUUUUCCCCCCCAAGACUUCAGAUCAGCCCAAGUCUGAUCUUUCUUGCACAUCGUGGGUCUGUUUAGUUAGGUUAAGUUAACAUUGCUAAGUGAUGCAGUGCCAGAUGAAGGGUUGUGUUUUGGGUCUGUCAUACUCCACCUGUCAGGGCAGGUCUGUACUGUGUGUAGUGCUGUUUACAUGGUUGAAGUUUUAGGCUGUAAUGAUUUUUAAGGGUGGGUUUGUUUUUAUACCAAGAAGAACAGCAGUGUUAACUGGUAACUAGACAUGCAUUAAUCCCCUGCUAAUAAGACUCUAAAAGAAAGAAAACCCAACCAAAUCCCCCCCCCCCAAGACAAGCAACAGCGUUUUGUAACAUGGUGAAUUCCCAUUUUAAGCUCUUAGUGAAGGAGUCCAGAUCAUUCCUUAGGAUUUUUUUUCCUUUCUCUUUUUUUUUUCCAGGAGUGUUCUCUGAAAUUACUGUACCUGUCAGUCAACUGAGUGGUGGAUAAUGAUCUGUACCCGAAUCUCUUUACACAUCACCUAAUAAAAGAGCAGUACUACCUCA